UCUGAGCAAACAUCACUUUAAUUACUUUUUCACUUUCAAGUGUACUAUUUAUUAUUCUAAUAUUUUCACCUGUACUAAGUGUCCGUGCGUUCAAUAAUAAUGGACAUACCCGCUUAAGUAAUUUUUUCUGUUCUACUUCUGACCGCUCUAAAAUCAACGCUAACGCUUUGGUGUGGAAUAAUUUGGACAACAUUGCUUUUUGCCCCCCUCCUGUUUUUUCGCAUACUUUUCAUUUUUAGUACUAUUUGUUGUAAUAUGCGCUCGGGUUGUUGUGAAGUUUUCCUUUCCAGUUCUUUCCUUUCUCUAACAACCUGCAUCUGCAUGGCAAUUUAACUCCAUUACUUUGUUAACGGUGGCGAUAUUCCAAACUUUUGAAGUCUUUCCCACUUACUAUUAUCAUUAUGUAACCGCAUCAGCCUGGAAACCGUACAAUCGUACCAUGGUCAAUUUUCUGUCUGUUUCGAGAUGGUAUUUUUCAUUAAUGUGGUUUGCUAAUUUACAACCGCAAGGCGUUCAAUCACUCGAAUGCUACAGAUGUAAUGAAAAGGAGCAGACAUUCCCAGAUGUGUGCCUUACAACUAGAAGGGACACUAAACAAAUUUGCGAGAAGGCCACCACUUGCGUUAUCGGGACUGGGGUUCGAAAGGUACCAGGCAAGAUCCUGCCAACAUACUCACCGGUAAUGGGCAGAGGUUGCUCAGUACCCAAAGACGUCGAAGGAGAUGCUAAGAUAUUUAGAACCAUGGCGAAAGGACAGAAGAUGGUAUGCCAGGAGGUUACACGACCGAUGUCGUAUGGUCCACGCGGCUUGCCUCUCGUGGACCGCCGGUGCUUCUGCGUAACCGACUAUUGCAAUGCGCUAGGAUGGGAUAAAUUGAUGGAACAGCCCGUUCUAUCGGUGAACUAUGCUGAAAGCGAUACACCAAAGCCCGCACCGGGGAAUUUUUCCUUGGCCGCUAUAGAUGGCGUGAUCAAGGUGAAUUUGGUUUCACUAACCGUCACUGAUCCGCCUAUCCGCGACCCCGAGAAAGCCCCUACCACUGUCGCCGUCACUGCCAAGGUAUAUGAUGAUAAGGAUGACGCUAUUCCCGGCAAUGAUGACGCAGCUCUUGCUGCUGAUGACAAUGGUCACGCGCAAGAUACAACCGUGUCCACGAUGACCUUAUCAACCAGUUACAGCAAUGCCAGUGAUCCUUCCAAUAAUGCUACAGUAGGUGAAGGUAGAGGUAGUGGCACCAGUUCUAGCGGAUCCAACGCUGGAUUAAUCGCCGGAAUCGCGGCUGGCGUGGUAACUUUAGCAGCAGUUGCGGGUGGUCUAUGGUACUGGUUCAAAAUCCGCAAGCGAAAAAAAAGCACCAGUAGUGCCGCCUCAGGAGACAGCGAUAAUAGCGCUGAUACCGGAGAUAGUGCCGGCGGCGAGGAGGAAUGAAGCCCUUCGGAGAUUUCGCUCUCGCAGCCGGGAUGUUGCUCAUGGUUAACAUCAGUGUCGAUCCAUGCAAGACUCUUAUUAUAACAACUACAGUUUUCCAAUGUGUUACUGCAGUGUCCGGAAAACAGCAGUGGCCUGUCGGUUUCGGAUUAAGUGUUUUUCCGAUGCUUAAUACUUUGCAUUUCCACAUCCUUAGUCAUGAUACGCUCAGAUUUUGGGCAAAACGAGUGAUUAAAUUAUAAUUAAACAA